AUGACUUUGGAGUCAGAGCAGCCGCAGUGCGUGCUUUCGCCGGCCGUGGCCGUGGAGCCAGAGUCCGAGAAGUUUGCCCUGUCGCCGACUGCGGACUUGGGAGAGCUCCGGGAGUUUGUGAGAUGCGAAUCCUUGGAGCGUAUGCAACUCUGCAUGCGCUUGCAGAAACAGCAGGAGAUGUUGGAGCAGCUAACAGAUGGUGUCGUGCCAGUGUGCUCAGUGAAGAGUGACGUUGCUCCGGGUAUUGGUUCCAUGAAGCUUUCGGAUGACCUGAUCGUCUCCGAGGGUCCGUGGCUCAAGCAAGUGGCGGCAGAGGUUGAUGCGUUGAAGCUCUCGAUGCAGAACCUCACUCAAGACGUGAAAGAGCUGCAGGAAUGCCUCGACACCAGGCCCCGCACGGGCAGUCUCGUGCUGAAAUCCGGUGGUUGCCAGGCUGUGGAUGAGUUUGUGGAUGAUGCUCGCUUCGCGCAGUGCGACGUGGAAGGCUCUCCAUGCUACAAGGCGGGCAGCGAGGGAGAGUCCUUCGGUGGUGGCCUCAACUUCGAGCCGGCCUUGGACCUGCAAUGGCUCGAGGAGCGCUUCGAGGACGUUCAGCAGCAGUGCGCUGCCGACCUCACCAGCGUGGAACAGCGGCUUCUUGAUGAGUUCACCAGCUUGAAGGGCUUCGUGGAUGCCGCAAUCGUGGCCAUGGUCAGCCGCAUGAGCACUCUCGAGAUCUUCGUCAAGGGCGAGCGUGGCCUUUCUGAGAAGAUGGACGAGGGCUUCAAGAAGGUGGCCGACGACAUCGCCAACAGUACUCAGAGGUUGCAGGGAUGCCAAGACGAAGUCUCCGAGCUGACGGACAGGCUUAAAGCCGUGGAGAAGCGUUUGGAACGCCCGAGUGGCCAGCUGGUGGGCUACAGUCCUGCCCCUGGAUAUCGCAGUCCGGCGGAUCUGAGACGAAGCGGAGAAAGCAACGACUCGGUGAAGACCUCCGCCAUUCCGGAGAAAAGUCCUGCUCCGGAGGUGGUCUUGGCCUCGCCACCACGAGUUCUGUCCCACGCAGGUCCCGUUGGUACUCCCAUGACUCAGCUCUUGGCUCCUGGGCGCGGGCACAGCAUGCAGGUGCCUCCGGGAGCCGCUCCCGCGGGGUGGAUGCCCGCGUCGCCCCUGCCGCAAGUCUUUCGACCUCUUCCCGGAGGCAGCUCGUCUCCUCAGCUGGUUGCCUCGGUCCUGGCCACACCACGCCGUGAGAACUCCGCCAGUCCCUGGCGACAGCGGCCGAGUGAGGUUUUCGCAGCCCGGCCAUCAGGUAUCCCGAGCCAUAUCAUCACGCCACGUGCGGCUUUCGGUACCCACAUUGUGCCUGCAGUCCAUAUUGCGAGCUAG